AGACCCACAUUCUCAGGUGUUGCGUUCUAGCAUAAUGGCAAAUACGGGAAGAGGGCUACGGAAGGGCAGCCUUGAUUGCUGACAUCUGCCACGCUCAAUUGGAGGCCACUAGACUCCAUUGAUCGUAGGCGCCAUCAAAGCCCAUCGCAAGAGUAUGGUCGCUUGCAUGUCUCCGUCAUUCUUGGACUAUUGCAUAUGAAGGCAAACAUGCAUACACGAUUUAUAGGAUUACACACUUUGUGUUAUUCCCACUCCCACGCUUUCCCCGUGGACCGCGUUGGUUUCGAGGAUACCCUGCGCCACAAUUACCGUAACCAUAUCCUCGAGCUUUCCUCUCCAAUUUGUCUGCCCGCGAUGACUUGUUGUCCUGGUCGCAAGACUGUUGUUGCCACCUCAGCUGCCGCACAACAUCGUAGAAGGCCUUCUCAACAUUCAUGCGAUUCUUCGCGGAAGCCUCCACACAAUCGCAUCCAGCAAGCGAGCGAGCGCGCUGCCUUCCUGGUCGAGACGUUCUGUCACCCUGUCGCACUUGUUACCCACUAACAUGACUGGCGCCGGGCCGAAACAGACCCGUUCGAUGAUGCGCUUGGUGGCGAGCCGGGGUAUGUUGGUGAUCCGGAUAGCGAUGAUUCUUUGACCCGCUGAAUUUGGUGGUGAAAUUCUUGGAUGCGUGUAAAGGACGACCGAGACGAGAUGCUAUAGACCAGCACAAGCCCUCGCCGUCCCGUAUCCACUGGUCUCUCAGCGCGAUGUAUUCUUCUUGGCCUGCCGUGUCAAGCACUUCCAGCGUGCAUGACUGGAGAUCAAUCUGCACUUGCUUGCGGUACAAUGUGGAAGGGGCCCACCUGGAUAGUUAAAGCUGUCUUCCCGACGCCACCGUCCCCGAGCACCACGAGCUUGUACAAAGGUAUUUUCCCUGCUAUAAUAGAGAGGUGUUCGUCCAGAGACUACUAAGCCACUUUCGAGUUGUGGGAAAGAUGCGAACCAGAGGUUUGGGAUGGGCGUAGAACGAUUGGAGUCGCUGUAACUG